GUUCUGGAGUGUUGUGUUUGUUUUCUGUAUUGCUGUUUGUUAUCUGCACGAUUAGUAGUAGUUGAUUUCUAUAUUGCCCUGUUUAAUUUUGAUUUCAAGCUCUCUCUGCAGUUUUCAAUUUCAAUUGAGUUUGAUUUCAAGCUCUCUCUGUAAAUAGAUCUUGAAUUAGGUGAUGAAUUACUUGCUCCUGGUCAUUCUCCCUCGUUUUGAAUAUGAAUUCGAUUUGUAGCUAAAUGCAUAGAGUACUGAAUAUUACUAAAACUUCUGUGUUUGAUGAAUUCAAAUCUCCAUGGAAAUCGAUUUCACACUGAAUCAAAUUGAUUCUUUUGAAUUGCUACGACUAUAUGAAGUUUCAAAUCUAUGAGUUUUGGCAGGUUGUGCGAAAAAACCGCUCAAAGAAAAACCGGAGCUCCGAUCACCGGAAAAUCGAUUUCGGCAGAAAGAUGGCCGCCAUCGAUGAGGUUUCUUCGUGUGUGUCAAGUAGCUCCAGUGCUGUUUCCAGCGGGAAGAAGGAGGUUUUGGUUCCAGAUUUGAAAACCAAGCCGCUGAUCAGCUCGGCUUCCAUGCGCCACCGAGCCGAAGAGAUCAUGAGACUCUUGUCUAAUGGUUGUGCUUCUGAAGUCAGGAUACGCCAGCUGCUCGGUGACAGCCCUGACACCAGCAAAGCCUUGAGAAUGUUGUUGAAGCAGGAAGAGAUCAAGAGGAUGGGCGCAGGCGGUCGCAGGGAACCCUAUAUUUACACGAUAGUCAGCAUGAAACAACAGCAAACUAAAUCGGGAUAGAAUCGGUCAGACUUACAAACAUAGUACUCAUCCAGUAUAUAAACUAUGGAGAUUUUGGUUUUUUUU